ACCACUAUCCAUUUCUCAGCAGCAGUCUCUGGCUGGGUCUCAGAUCAUCUAAAUCGACAUAUAACCAACGGGUCAAUGUCUGAAAAUGGGCAGAACCUUUCAAGCCAUCAGUGUUUACAAUCUGCCACCCCUUCCGUCAAAGAGCUGGAGCAUGUUCUGGACAGCUGCAGGAUGGGCUUGAACCACGUAGACGAAGUGUGGCCUAACCUGUAUAUAGGCGACAUAGUAAUUGCCCACGACAAGGAAGCACUGAGGAAACUUGGCAUCACCCACGUACUGAAUGCUGCCCAUUCCGCAUGGGAGAGUAAAGGAGACCAAGCCUUCUAUGGCCAGGAAAUCCAUUAUUGUGGAAUAGCUGCAGAAGAUUCAACUAAUUUUAACCUGCGUGGGCAUUUCUACCCCGCCUCAGAGUACAUUAAUAAAGCACUGAGUGCACCCAACGGGAAGAUCUUGGUUCAUUGUGUCCUUGGCAGAAGCAGAUCCGCCUCCUUGGUGCUGGCUUACCUUAUGAUUCACCAUCACCUCUCGCUGACCGACGCUGUCCAGCGGGUCAUCCAGCGCCGAGCUGUUUCGCCAAACCGAGGGUUCCUGAAACAGCUGCAAGACCUAGAUGUUGAACUGCGAGACAAGACAAACCUGUGUGAGCUCUUAUAACGCAGGAGGAGAAGAAAAAAAAAGAGCAAAAUAUGAAGUGUCCCAGAGUGUUAAAGGAAGUAAAAAGAUAAAAUGAAUCUGAGCCAGAAUUCUAGAACCAAAGCCGACCCCUCUCCCAGAUUUUGUGGACAGGAGGAUCUCAUCUGGGGAGCUCCUCUGAGGAUCUCAUCUCCCCCUCAAUCUGGGUUGACCCUAAUCUUGAUCUGAACAAUCCUGAUCCUUGGGAAGGUCAAAAUCCGGAUCCCGAUUUGGAGUUUGGACCUGUCCCCAAGAAGAAGCAGUGAACUAAUGGUCACAUGUUAAGUCUCCGUGGAUAUCCUCUGCCCUUGUGGGAUUGAGCCUAGAGUUCAUACUAAUCCUGGUUGAAGAGAACCCUGCAACAACCUUGACUCUCUGCCAGUUGAUAUCAGAGAUGGGUGGCUCUCAUGGAGUUUAAAGAGGUUCCACUUUUUGUGUGUGUGUGUGUGCUGGUUUAGUUUUUUCUACAAUUUUAACCCCUGGCUUCCCCAUCUCUCGCCCCAAGGGAGAGUUAGUUCAAAAGGGAGGAUACAUUUCUCUGUAAAUAACGGGUGGCAGGUGAAGGCCCAGCUGGGAAAGGCAACUGAAGCUCCACCCCUUCUGCCCAAAGCCACACCCCUUCCCCGAGACUAUGCCCCUUCACAACCUUUCCCCACAGCCAAGCCCCGGCCAACCCCAGAUGAAGACCGGGGCCGCCAUGUGGCAUGGCCUCAACUUUCUCUGGCCACUGGGGAUCUGGCAAGCCAUGCAGCCCCAGCCCUUCUCAGGCAGGGUAGGUCUUCCCUGGCCUAGAGUAACUGCCACCCACGAAUAGCAGCAUUUAUGCUCUGUAUUAAGGAGAGUAAAGUCUAUCAAAUGCUAGGCUGGCCUGAGUGGACACCUUCCAUACUACAAGUGCACUGCGGCGAUAGCUUUUACAAGUCACAAACUCGCUCGAUCUCCUCUCUUUCCCCCCUCAUGCUAUAUUGCCUGUACUCUGUCCAUUAUCUGUUUCAUUUCCCCCUAGGGAUUUUUUUUCCUUCUCUUCCAUUUUCCACCUCUUAUCUGGCCUCUCCUUAGCAUAUAGCAAACCUCCUCCCAUCACAUCUGAGGAGCAGGAGGCAAUGCAGGAAACACUGGAUUCCUUCUAUGACCCGGGACAUGCCAGGAAACUCUUCAAGAGCAAUAAGUCGCAUAUCGGGAAAUGGGAAUUUGGUCAUGUAGAGGCAUAAAGCCUGGCACUUGCAAACUCACAGGGAUCUCGUGGAUUUGAACGGUCAGACAGCGUGGCCCAUAUGGAACUAGGGUUGCCAGGUUUCUGGUAUUGACCCAGACAGUCUGGUAUUUUCGCCUCCU